ACAAAAUAAAACAUGUAUGUCGAAUGGCCCCAAUCAGAUGUAGACCGUUUUAUUGAAUUUGUAAAAAGUACUUUUGAUGAUCAUGAUAGAAUAAAUUUGGAAAAAUGUGUAAGAUCUGGAACUGGAACCGAACACUUGGCUUUUAAUCACACACACGAAGAAGGUACCGAAUCUUCCCAUAGAUUCAGCAAAAGUGAUGAUGACUUUAUCGGCCAAUAUCUAGAUGAUCUCUGGGAUUCACCAGAAAAACUCUCUUUAAUACUACAAGAUGCAAUAGAAUCUGCCUCUAAAUCAUACUCUAAUAUAAAAAACAAGGGUCUCAAAGAUGGGUUAAAACUUACUGACGAUAUUGAAAAAAACAUAAUAGAAACUUCAUGGAAAAGAUCUUUGAAUAAUUCAUUAAGGAAAUCUCUCGUCGGAAAACUGCAAGAAGAAUGCCUACAAAUUUCAAAUGAUGGUCAUAAAUUUGCCCUAGGCUCCGAACAUAACAACCUGGAGGGAGAAUUCGUCUACAACUUGAUGAAUCUUGGAUUUGCGCACUGUUCCCCCUUUAUAGGAAAAAAUACAAACGCUUUUAGUGAAAUCGAAUUCAUGGAAUAUAACGGGAUAUUUAACAAGACGGACAAAAACAAUUCAAUGUAUGACCAAUGUUACACUCUUUGGCUUAAAUCUUCACAUUUGGACAAAAAUAGGCAAAAGCAUAUGUUAAACACGUUGGAAAAACUAAAACAGAUUCCCUACGAGUUAACACAUAAGUGCAAGAUACUGUUACAGGCGAUAUCUUCUCUCUGUGUUGUCUACAUGAAACCUAACAUAUCUCGCAUAUUACUUCACAAUGAUGGAAGUACAAACGGUGUCAAAUAUACAUGCAUUUACAUCCCAAAAGCAUCUGGCAAUGACCAGUUUAUCAGUCUUGAAAUCUGCAAAGACAGACACAAGGUCCCAAUAAUGGACGAUCUUCUCCUUAUAUUCAGGAGUGACAUUGAUUACGAGAUCGAGCGAGUUUCUGAAAAGUGUUUCAUGAUAAUGGCUUGGCUUAUCGGCCCAAAUUAA